AUGUGCUGUAUCAUCUCCAUAGUCCUUCUACCUCCAGCCAAACCAAUGGACAAGAAUGUGAAAAAGAUUGCGCUGCGCAAAAGAGUUGAUUUCCUGGGGAUCGCUAUGUUUGCUAUCUCGAUCACUACCUUCCUUGUUGCCCUCAGGCUUCUAGGUGACCAUGAAGCUUCGACGAGAAUAACGAUUCUCUUCGGAGUAGUCUCCGUUGUAUUUGGUGCUUUUUUCCUUGUGGUAGAGGCAUACUAUGCGCGGGAACCCGUUAUUCCCCCUGGCUUACUCAAAAGCAUGGCAGGUCCAUACGCUGUCCAGGUGCUUUUACAAAAGAUUACCCUCACAAUAUACAUGCUUGAACAAUGGCCACUGACAUUUGCACAGAAUUUGACAAAUAUCGCGCCCUAUUUCAUUCGCACCACGGGGGCUAGUAAUACACGAGCUGCAAUUUACCUUGCUCCUGUGUUCGUGGGUUUCACAACUGGCUCUGUCACUUCUGGUUAUAUUAUCAGGAAGUAUAAGACCUUAUCGAUUAUAUCUGUUCUUCUCGGCCUCACGUUUUUCACCCUGAUUGCGGUAAGAUGGCGAACUGGGGUAAGUAGCUGGGAGUCGCUAUACGUGCUCCCAGCUUUCCUGAGUUUCGGUCUCUUGCUCUCGACAACCUUUACCGGGCUGAUUGCGUGCACUCCGAAAUCCAUUCAUGCCACAGCUAUAUGCGUCUACUAUCUCUGCCAGCAGGUUGGCACCAUGCUUGGAACUGUUCUUUCCUCUCUGACUAUUGAAACAAUAAUGCGUGAGGUUCUUAAGAUACGCCUGGAGGACAUUCCUAACAAAAAGGAGAUAAUUGAGCGUGUUCUACAUGAUUCUAACCCUAGCAUCAUCCCCGAGGCGCUACGAAGCAUUAUUCGGAGCAGCUAUCUCUACAGCUUUCAAUUUGCUGCCUGUUAG